AUGCCUCAAGACAACUCAUGCUUCAAGACAACUCAUGCCUCAAGACAACUCAUGCCUCAAGACAACUCAUGCCUCAAGACAACUCAUGCCUCAAGACAACUCAUGCUUCAAGACAACUCAUGCCUCAAGACAACUCAUGCUUCAAGACAACUCAUGCCUCAAGACAACUCAUGCCUCAAGACAACUCAUGCUUCAAGACAACUCAUACCUCAACACAACUCAUGCCUCAAGACAACUCAUGCUUCAAGACAACUCAUGCCUCAAGACAACUCAUGCCUCAAGACAACUCAUGCUUCAAGACAACUCAUGCCUCAAGACAACUCAUGCCUCAAGACAACUCAUGCCUCAAGACAACUCAUGCUUCAAGACAACUCAUGCCUCAAGACAACUCAUGCCUCAAGACAACUCAUGCCUCAAGACAACUCAUGCUUCAAGACAACUCAUGCCUCAAGACAACUCAUGCUUCAAGAUAACUCACGCCUCAAGACAACUCAUGCAUCAAGACAACUCAUGCCUCAAGACAACUCAUGCCUCAAGACAACUCAUACAUCAAGACAACUCAUGCCUCAAGACAACUCAUACAUCAAGACAACUCAUGCUUCAAGACAACUCAUGCCUCAAGACAACUCAUGCCUCAAGACAACUCAUGCUUCAAGACAACUCAUACAUCAAGACAACUCAUACCUCAAGACAACUUCGAACACAAUCAGUUAUAAGUUAUUUAUAAAACAAUUUUCUCAUCGAUAA